UUUGUUCUUGCUUUUUCCAGCGUUCAGUGAAUGUUGGCACCGAGAAUCGAGUGAUUUCCUUCUAUUGUGUUCCACGCGUUGAGAAAAAAAAAGAGAAAGAGUGGGGAGUUGAAAUCGGAACAUGUUGCGAACUGCUGCGUCGCGGAUCGCAUCUGUCACUUCCUGCACUUCUGGAGAGAGCGAAACGGAAGAGAAAAAUCCACUGAAUACCAAGAAUCAUUCGAUGGAUGACACUUCAGCGGCUGCGGUGGACACUUCGCCCUUUACUGCUGAAAACUUGUGGAUGUUGGGUCGCCGCGACAAUUGGCCGCGCCUCAGGGAGAUUAUCCGGCCGCUGAGUGCCCUGAGGGACAACAGCAAGGAGGAAGACGGGUUUUUUGUGACAUCAGCGGCGAAGCAAGCUCUGAUCGAUGACCUUAGAAUGCGAAUGGACUCAUCCAAGGACGCUGAUACCGGCAUGAACCUAGUUUACGAAACUGUGUCGUUCAACGGCGGAGAUGAUGGAGAGUUGUUGAAGUUGAUUUUGUCUAUUGGGCUGGACCCUGAUGUUGCCAAGAAGUACUCGUGGCGCCCUCUGCACGUGUGUGCUUCCUAUGCCAGACCUGCUGCUGCUCAAGAGGAUUCAAGGAACCCUGAGAGAACAGAAGACCGUCCAAAAGUGGCCAGUGCCAUAAUGCGCUUUGUGUCUCGCGGAUUCCCGAGUUUGGCACAAUUGGCAGCAGAGCAGGAAUGGUUUGCUGUGCUGAAUCUCAUGAGAAGACGGGUAUUGUCUAAAAAGGAGUUCAAGGAAAAGUUUGAUGGCAAGACUGUUGCUGAAUGGGCGCUAACUUUUGAUAAGCCCAAACUUGCUGCAGAAAUUGCUUACUAUAAAAAGUUGGCUUCAUUUGAGCAGAAGCAGAAACGCAACAGUGUGAUUGACAGAUUCAGAAGCAGUCUGAAAUUGUCUGGUAUCAGAAACAACAGUUCUUCAGAUGUGACUGAAUCAGGUGAUCAACAGCAGCAGCAACAGUCUCCUCCUCUUCAUCAUCAGGAUGCUGCUGGAGGAGCAUCUUCAUCAUCAUCAAUGAAUCAGUCUUGUAGGUUGUCUGACUCUGGCAUUUCAAACGGAAGUGAAAGUCCGCCGGAUGUUGAACAAGAUUAGUUUGGACAUGGACAAGGACUUGAAAAUUUUACCCGGACUCGGAAGUGUAUUUAUUUUCUAUGUGACUGGAUUUUUUUUUUCUCUCGAGGACUGUGUAUUCUAUAGGUUGCACUGUAGCGCCAUUUCAUUUUCUUCCCCCCUUUUUUUUUGGUUUAUUUUUUUUGUNCGCCCU